AUGUCUCAUAAAGAUACAGUUCCCAAUGACAAUGCUAUAGAAAAGGAUUUUAUCCAAAAUGAACAUAUGAAUGGUAAUAAAGAAAUUGUUAUCCAAGAUAAUGAUAAAAACGUAAUGGAGGAUAAACAUUUAAUAAAUACAGAUUCUCUCGAGGAAAUACGUCAGAAUGACAAAGAUAUAGCUCUGGUUAUUGAAACACUGCAUGUAAUGCACGAUGAUGAAAUAACUGAUGAGAAUGGAGUAUCCAAAGGCGAUGAAAUCAAGAAACUUGAUGGCGAAGAUAAAGAAGAAACAGAAGGAGAAGUAAUAGAGGAGGAGGAUGAGGAGGAGGAGGAAAAUACAGACGAAGACGACGAUGAUGAAGAAGACGGCGAACCUCCUAAACUUAUAUAUCAGAGAUUGAAUGGACUUCCGCCAAACUUCUUCAAUAGAGAUCCAAUAUCAGCAUGUAAUUUCCACGAGUCUGUUUUCAUUUUCGCUACUCAUUCAGGUAUAAUUCACAUAACGAAACCAGAUUUUACAACAAUAAGAACAUUCAAAGCACACAGAGCCUCAAUUUUGUCAAUAUAUACUGAUGGUCAUUAUUUUGCGACUGGAUCGAUGGAUGGCACGGUAGUAAUAGGCUCACUCACAGACGAGAAGGAUAUAAUAGCAUACGAUUUUAAAAGACCCAUACAUGCGGUUGUAUUGGAGACAAACUACGCCAAAUCAAGGAGUUUUGUAAGUGGUGGUAUGAGUGGAAAGGUAUUAUAUUCUUCUAAAAAUUGGCUAGGGCAGCGAGCUGAUCUCGUUUUGGACGAAAAUAAUGGUCCUAUUGUCUGUAUUCAGCAAAUGGAUGACUUAUUAUUAUGGAUGAAUGAUAUAGGUAUCGUAAUAUACCAAAUAUCAAGAAAACAAAAAAUUUUGACGAUAGAUAAACCUAAAGAUUCUCCUAGGAGUGAUAUUUACUGGCCAAGAGUUCAUUUCCCUGAGACAGAUAGAAUUUUAAUUGCAUGGGCCAACCGCAUAUGGUCUCUAAGAAUAUCAGUAGGUAAAUCAAACGACGUGAAUGAACCUUCUUCUUCAUCUAAAAGUAGAAUAUUACCUUCCACAGCUAGCAUAUCUUUUAGAAUGGUUCAAGAAAAAAAAGUUAAAAUUGAGCAUAUUUUUAAAGUCGAUGAUUUUGUAUCGGGAAUUGCUGGCUUUAAGGAUGAUUUAAUAAUGAUCUUAACUUACAUUCCACCGGAAAGAGACGAAGCUACAAACAAACUUACAUUUAAUAAUCCAGACUUAAAACUAGUCAAUUCAAUUACAGGACAGGUUGAAUUUGAGGAAGAAAUUGGACUCAAAAAUAUUGAAAACCUAGGAUUAAAUGAUUUUUCAUUAGGGUCACACAUAGACCUGAAUAGAACGAGGUAUUUUAUUAUGAGUGCAAAAGAUGGUGUAAUAGCUCAAGAGCUUCAACUAAAUGACAGAUUAGAUUGGUUCGUUGGAAAGGAGAAGUAUUUAGAAGCAUGGGAAAUAAGUAAACAUUUGUCCUUGCUGCAAACAAAAAAAUUGAACUUAGGUAUAUUACAUGUUGAUAAUUUAAUUAAACUAGGUGAAUGGAAGAAGGCAGCAAGUUUUCUAUCUUCGUUACUUUAUUUGGAUAUUAAUGAAAUGCCCGAUGGAGACACAAAGAGUACUAUUUUUACAUCUCUAUCUCAAAAUCUGACUAGUGAAGAUCAUGAUUCGCUAGUAAAAGAAAUAAUUAUCCAAUGGCAAAAUUGGGCGAACAUAUUUAUAAAAUCAAAUCAUAUUGAUUUAUUGACUGAUGUAAUCCCAAAAUCACCAAAAUUGAAUAUAGAUGCUAAAAUUUAUAAUCAAAUAUUACAGUACUGGAUACUUCAUAUUGAUUCAGAUGAUACUUUCUUCAGAUUGGUAGAUGAGUGGCCUAUUGAUUUAUAUGAUACUAAAAGUAUUGAAUCUUUUAUCGAGGGAAAUUUAGAAAACACCCCUAAUCCUAAACUACGCAAAUGUUUGGCAAAUUUGUACGUUAAAUCAUUUGACUUCAAAAAGGCAGUCCCACAUAUGGUUUCCUUGAAAGAUCCAAAUAUUGUUCAAUUCUUAUCUUCAAACCACAUGCUUGAUAGUUUUUCAAAUGAUAUUCCUAAGUUUAUAUCUUUGAGAUUUGAAAGUAAUGAACUAGAAACAUUACCUAUUGAUAAAUUAGAAAAUCGCUUGGAUGAUAUAAUAGAUGUCCUUGUUGAGAAUAGACAUGAAAUACCUUCUGAACAGAUUAUACAAAUGAUGAGUAAGUAUCAUCUUGACUUCAUGAGCUAUUUCUAUUUGGAAAGAUUGACUGCGAUCGAUCCAUUUUUGACAAAGCAGUUUUCGGAUGAACAAGUUGAAUUGUAUUCUAGGUAUGACAGUGGAAAGUUGUUGCCUUUUUUAUCAAAAAGCAGUACGUAUGAUAUUGAUAAGGCUAUACAGAUUUGCGAAGAAAACAACUAUACCGAAGAGCUAGUCUAUUUAUUGGGAAAGAUUGGGGAGAAUAAGAAGGCUCUAACUUUAAUAAUGGACGAAUUAGAUGAUCCUGAAAAGGCAAUCAAAUUUGCAAAGCACCAGAACGACAAGGAAGUUUGGAAUAUGUUAUUGAAUUAUUCUACGAAAAAGCCAGCUUUUAUAAAGGCUCUUAUAGAGUGUGCUGAUGAUCAGUCAAAGUCUUUUUAUGAUCCUGUAUCAAUCAUAAGAAGUAUGCCUGACGACGUUGAGAUUGAAGGGCUAAAGAAAUCUGUUACAAAAAUAUCUAAUAACAACGAUUUAAAUAUACUAUUAAACCAAUUGAUAUUAGGUAUAUUAUACAGUCAAUCAGAAGAUGUAUCUAAUUAUUUUAGAUCUGAUAAAUUAAAAGGUUUAGAAAUUGAUGUUAAUUCAAAGUCUGUUUAUCACUUAGUAUCGAAGUUCCAAACGAUUUUAAUAAUGUCUUUGACGGAUAAAGAUCGGAUUAAUUUAGUUUCUGAAUCAGAAUUUUUUAAAGAUAAUAAUCGAGUGGUAUUCAAUACUAAAUCCUAUACCGAUUUAGAUGAAAAGCUAAAACAUAUCGCUCACCUAAAGAGACAUUUAGCUCAUCAGAGUUAG